CAAAUUAAAUUCAGUGGAUGAUUAUAUUGUUGACCGGCUAUAACGGGUCACGAAACAUCCGUCCGCCAAGUAUUUGUCACCGGAAAUCUCCUGCGGCGACACGACACCGCCUGCAUUGCACUCCUCUGAAACCCUAGAUUUGUCAUCCGCAUUGUCGCCAUUGGCUACCUCUCCCGAUUUCUCCAUUUUCGCAGAAUGGACCCAGACUCUGCUAAACCAUCAUCUCAGCAACCUGCUAAUGCAGCUGCUGCUGAGUCUCCAACUCCUGCUGUCGCUACACAAGAUAGGUCUACACAUGACUCACCGCCAUUGUUAUCUGCUUCUGGUAUAUCGUCAUGGGCCAAAAAUCUGAAAAUUCCACAGCCCUUAGCAGCAACACAAGAUGAUUCGCAAACUGGAGAUGGAGGGAAGUCAACCUUUUCACGUUUCACCAGUGGUUUUGGGUUGCGGCUGUCUCCAGCAGCACCUAUGCCAGCUGAGAGUGUUGUAAGCACCUCCACAACUACACAACCUGGUGUUCUCGAAUCCUUCACAAAAGGGUUAGUUGACUCAUCAAAGAGUGCAGUGAAGGCUGUGCAGGUCAAGGCACGCCAUAUUGUCUCUCAAAACAAACGAAGAUACCAGGAAGGAGAAUUUGAUUUGGAUAUGACUUACAUCACUGAGAACAUAAUUGCAAUGGGGUUUCCUGCUGGUGAUAUGAGCUCUGGGUUUUUAGGAUUUAUUGAGGGAUUUUAUCGAAAUCACAUGGAAGAAGUGAUCAAGUUUUUUGAAACUCAUCACAAGGGCAAAUAUAAGGUAUACAAUCUUUGUUCAGAGCGGCUCUACGAUGCAUCACUCUUUGAGGGAAAGGUUGCAUCCUUCCCCUUUGAUGACCAUAACUGCCCCCCUAUUCAACUCAUAACUUCAUUUUGUCAAAGUGCAUACUCAUGGUUGAAGCAAGAUAUUGAGAAUGUGGUGGUUGUUCAUUGCAAAGCUGGGAUGGCAAGGACAGGACUAAUGCUUUCAAGCCUUCUUUUAUUCCUAAAGUUCUUCCCGACAGCUGAGGAGUCCAUCAACUAUUACAACCAAAAAAGAUGCUUAGAUGGGAAGGGUCUAGUUCUCCCAAGUCAGAUUAGGUAUGUCAAAUAUUUUGAGCGCAUCUUAACACACUUCAAUGGUCAAAAUCCUCCUGGACGCAGGUGCAUGCUUAGAGGGUUUCGGCUUCAUAGGUGCCCUUCCUGGUUUAGGCCCUCCAUUACAGUCUCUGAUCAUAAUGGAAUUUUAUUCUCAACAAGAAAGCAUCCAAAAACCAAGGAUCUAAUGCCAGAAGACUUUUGGAUCAGUGCAGCAAAGAAAGGGAUUGUGGUCUUUGCUCUACCGAGGGAGCCUGGUCUGGCAGAGUUGGCUGGAGACUUCAAGUUCCAUUUUCAUGACAGUGAAGGAGAUUUUUACUGUUGGUUAAAUACGACAAUGACAGAAAACAGAAAAAUUUUGAGCACCUAUGAUCUUGAUGGAUUCGAAAAGAGGAAACUGCCUUCACCUGGAUUCCAGGUUGAAGUUGUGAUGAUAGAUUAUGACGGAACCAUUCAGACAAGGUUUAAAUCUGAUUCAAGCAGGAACGGGUCUGAUGGAAACUCAGGCUAUGUUCCUGCCCCUAGCGGUGGUGUUGCAGCUACUUCCAACCAAAGUAAAGUUUCUGAAAGCCAAGACAAUGAUGAUGUAUUCUCAGACAGUGAGGGAGAGGAGACUGAAUCUUCAACCAGAAAGCAAGCUCAAACAACUUCGGGCACUGGACAUGGGGCACCUGGUCCCAAAUCUGGUUCCACAGUAGAGCAAAUUGCGGGUAUAAAACAUGGAACUGAACAUCUGUCGCUGGUAAGUGAGCAGCCCUCACAGAUCAAUCCUUCCAAGGAACCAAAAAGUGAUGGAGCCCUCCAAGAGGUAAGUGAUUUCAAGGCAAUUGCAGCUGAUGCUUCAGUUUUCUCUUUUGGAGAUGAAGAGGACUAUGAGAGUGAGUAAAAUCCAACUUCACCGAGAUUGUAUGAUAAGCGGCUGCUUGUAAGCAACCCGAAACAAAUGAAAACAGUAUGAGCGGCGAAGUGGUAAGGGAGGCAGGAAACCCAUUGAAUUCAUUGCAUUGGAUUUUUUUUUUUUCAAAAAAAAAACCAAAAAGAAUUCCUUUCAUUCUUUCUGUGAAAUCUUUAGACUUUGAAGAAAGUAUCUAUUGAAUUUUUUCCUUAAUGCUUCAAUUUA